GAGUUUUGUUUUUUUUGGCUUUCUAACUCUGAAGAAGAUAUAGUUUUUUGGAGAGGCAAAAAAACACAUGGGGAAGAAGAGGAUCGUGUUCUUUGCUUAUUUGCUCUUAUGCACCAUCUUUAUAAGUUUUAGCUUUGCAGGGAUAACCAAAGAGAGUCCUUUGUCAAUAGGACAAACUCUCAGCUCCUCUAAUGGUGUUUAUGAAUUGGGGUUCUUCAGUCCUAAUAAUUCCCAGAAUCAGUAUGUCGGAAUCUGGUUCAAGGGCAUUAUUCCGCAGGUGGUUGUGUGGGUGGCUAAUAGAGAAAAGCCUGUUACAGACUCCACGGCAAAUCUCGGUAUUAGCAGCAAUGGAAGUCUUCUGUUAUCUAAUGGAAAACAUGGCGUUGUGUGGUCUACCGGAGAUAUCGUUGCAUCUAAUGGGUCUCGUGCUGAGCUUACAGACAAUGGAAAUCUUGUUUUCAUAGACAAAGUUUCGGGAAGGACUUUGUGGCAAAGCUUUGAGCAUCUUGGUAAUACUCUGCUCCCUACGUCAACUAUGAUGUAUAAUCUCGUCACUGGUGAGAAGCGAGGAUUGACUUCUUGGAAAAGUUACACCGAUCCAUCGCCUGGCGAAUUUGUGGGUCAGAUUACACCGCAAGUGCCAUCACAGGGGAUUAUUAUGAGAGGCUCAACGCCUUAUUAUAGAACCGGUCCAUGGGCUAAAACAAGGUUCACCGGGUCACCGCAAAUGGAUGAAUCAUACACAAGUCCAUUCAGCUUACAACAGGAUGUAAAUGGGUCAGGAUACUUUUUAUAUCUUGAAAGAGACUACAAACUUGCAUGCAUGAUUUUAACAUCAGAGGGAUCAAUGAAGGUGUUACAGCAUAAUGGAAUGGACUGGGAAUCAACCUACGAGGGUCCAGCCAAUUCAUGUGAUAUAUACGGUGUAUGUGGACCUUUUGGGUUUUGUGUUGUAUCAGUUCCUCCAAAGUGUACAUGCUUCAAAGGUUUUGUUCCUAAAUCCACUGAGGAGUGGAAAAAAGGAAACUGGACUGGUGGUUGUGUGAGGCGUACCGAACUACAUUGUCAAGGAAACUCUACGGGCAAAGAUGCAAAUGUCUUCCAUACUGUUCCCAACACAAAGCCUCCAGACUUUUACGAAUAUGCAAAUUCUCAGAAUACUGAAGAAUGCCACAAAAAUUGCCUCCACAAUUGUUCUUGCUUGGCCUUUGCUUAUAUUCCUGGAAUAGGGUGCUUAAUGUGGAGCAAGGACCUAAUGGACACAAUGCAAUUUUCUGCAGGAGGAGAACUUCUUUCCAUUCGUCUUGCACGUUCUGAGCUGGGUAUGACUUAGAAGAUAAUUCAAGGACCUUCUGUAUCUUUUUCAAUUAUAUCUUCUACUUCAUUGAUAUUGAUGUUUUCGAUAGAAGCAUGACUUAUUGUUUAAUUCUUGUGCUAAAUUCCUCAGAUGUAAAUAAGCACAAGCUGACCAUUGUUGCUAGUACAGUGAGCCUUACCCUCUUUGUGAUCUUGGGCUUCGCUACUUUUGGUUUCUGGAGAUGCAGAGUGGAACAUAAUGGUAACACAUUGAUGGCUUUACUAUCAAACAACUUCUCACUGUUCAUCUAUUUAUUUGGUUGUCAACAAAAUUGCUCUGUUACAUUCGUUACGAAAUAUCGUGAAAUAAAAAGGUGUUUUUCCA